AUGGUGUUUGGAGAUGAGGCCUUUGGGAAGUGGGUCGGUUUAGAUGAGGUCACGAGCUCUUCGGAUUUUAAAGAGAGCCUUAGGAGGACCAGGAGGGACAAGAGGGAUGCAGGCAAAAGGUUCGAUCCUCAAUCCCAGCCGGAGACAAAGGUUACUCACUAUAAACAGUACCCACCCAAUACAAGCAAAGUUUAUUCCUACUUUGAAUGCCGUGAAAAGAAGACAGAAAACUCCAAGAUAAAGAAGGUGAAAUACGAGGAAACAGUAUUUUAUGGGUUGCAGUACAUUCUUAAUAAGUACUUAAAAGGUAAAGUAGUGACCAAAGAGAAGAUCCAGGAAGCCAAAGAGGUGUAUAGAGAGCAUUUCCAGGAUGAUGUCUUUAAUGAAAAGGGAUGGAACUACAUUCUUGAGAAAUAUGAUGGGCAUCUUCCAAUAGAAAUAAAAGCUGUUCCUGAGGGCUAUGUCAUUCCCCGAGGAAAUGUUCUCUUCACAGUGGAAAACACAGAUCCAGAGUGUUACUGGCUUACAAAUUGGAUUGAGACUAUUCUUGUUCAGUCCUGGUAUCCAAUCACAGUGGCCACAAAUUCUAGAGAGCAGAAGAAAAUAUUGGCCAAAUAUUUGCUGGAGACAUCUGGUAACUUAGAUGGUCUGGAAUACAAGUUACAUGAUUUUGGCUACAGAGGAGUUUCUUCCCAAGAGACUGCUGGCAUAGGAGCGUCUGCUCAUUUGGUUAACUUCAAAGGAACAGAUACAGUAGCAGGAAUUGCUUUUGUUAAAAAAUACUAUGGAACGAAAGAUCCUGUUCCAGGCUAUUCUAUUCCAGCAGCAGAACACAGUACCAUAACAGCUUGGGGGAAAGACCGUGAAAAAGAUGCUUUUGAACAUAUAGUAACACAAUUUUCAUCAGUGCCUGUAUCUGUGGUCAGCGAUAGCUAUGACAUUUACAACGCAUGUGAAAAAAUAUGGGGUGAAGACCUAAGACAUCUAAUACUGUCAAGAAGUAGAGAGGCACCGCUGAUAAUCAGACCUGAUUCUGGAAAUCCUCUGGACACUGUAUUAAAGGUUUUGGAUAUUUUGGGUAAGAAGUUCCCUGUUACUGAGAACUCAAAGGGCUACAAGUUGCUGCCACCUUAUCUUAGAAUUAUUCAAGGGGACGGAGUAGAUAUUAAUACCUUACAAGAGAUUGUAGAAGGCAUGAAGCAAAAAAAAUGGAGUAUUGAAAACAUUGCCUUCGGUUCUGGUGGAGCUUUGCUACAGAAGUUAACAAGAGAUCUUUUGAAUUGUUCCUUCAAGUGUAGUUAUGUUGUAACCAAUGGCCUUGGGAUUAAUGUCUUCAAGGACCCAGUUGCUGAUCCCAACAAAAGAUCCAAAAAGGGUCGAUUAUCUUUACAUAGGACACCAGCAGGGAAUUUUGUUACACUUGAGGAAGGAAAAGGAGACCUUGAGGAAUAUGGUCAUGAUCUUCUCCAUACUGUCUUCAAGAAUGGGAAGGUGACAAAAAGCUAUUCAUUUGAUGAAAUAAGAAAAAAUGCAAAGCUGAAUAUCGAACUGGAAGUAGCACCUCAUUAGGCUUUAUGAGUGGGUGUGUGUGCUCGCCUGCGUGUGUGUGUGUGUACGUGCAUGCACGCACGUAGACACCUUGCAUGUGAGUAUAUAAUGUUUAUUGUACAGAUGUGUGGGGGUUUCUUUGUGUUUUAUGAUACAUUGCAGCCAAAUUAUUUGUUGGUUUAUGGACAUACUGCCCUUUCAUUUUUUUUUUUUUUUCUGUGUUUAGGUGAUCUCAAAUUAGGAAAUGCACUUAACCAUGUAAAAGAUUAAUGCUAAAGUAAGCUUUUUAGGGCCCUUUGCCAAUAGAUAGUAAUUCAAUCUGGUAUUGAUCUUUUCACAAAUAACAGAACCCAGAAACUUUUAUAUAUAACUGAAGAUCACAUAAAACAGAUUUGCAUAAAAUCAUUGAUUGCUUUAUGUUUAUAUUUAACUUGUAUUUUUGUACAAACAAGAUUGUGUAAGAUAUAUUUAAAGUUUCAGUGAUUUAACAGUCUUUCCAACUUUUCAUGAUUUUUAUGAGCACAGACUUUCAAGAAAAUACUUGAAAAUAAAUUACAUUGCCUUUUGUCCAUUAAUCAGCAAAUAAAACAUGGCCUUAACAGAGUUGUUUGUGUUAUUGUACAAUUUGAAAAUUAUGUCGGGACAUACCCUAUAGAAUUACUAACCUCACUGCCCCUUGUAGAAUAUGUAUUAAUCAUUCUACAUUAAAGAAAAUAAUGGUUCUUACUGGAAUGUCUAGGCACUGUACAGUGAUUAUAUACGUUGGUCAUUGUAUUGUACCAGUGAAAUGCCAAAUUUGAAGGCCUGUACUGCAAUUUUAUAUGUCAGAUAUUGCCUGUGGCUCUAACAUGCACCUCAAGAUUUUAAGGAGAUGUUUUUAGAGAGAAUUUCUGCUUCCACUAUAGAAUAUAUACAUAAAUGUAAAAUAUUAACAAAAGUGGAAGUAGUGUAUUUUAAAGUAAUUACACUUCUGAAUUUAUUUUUCCUAUUCUAUAGUUGAUAUGACUUAAAUGAAUUACUGGAAUGGGUAGUGAGUGUACUUAUUUUAAAUGUUUUGAUUCUGUUAUAUUUUCAUUAAGUUUUUUAAAAAUUAAAUUGGAUAUUAAA